UUUACCACUUAUGUGACUCCCUUUCUGGUCAACACUUUGUGAUAUUUGGAAGAUAUUUAUGAUCUCAGGAUCUUUCAAAUGGACCUCCUCAACACCAGCACCAUGCAAAGAUUGCUCAAUGAUAAGGACUACAUCUUAAAGCUGAAUGGCCUCCUUAGCUGCAUAUCUGCUUUCAUGUUUGACAGUCAUUGCAAGCUACCUGUACUGGCGCCUGUGGGAAUUUGAUGAUAAUUCUGUGCAGUUUGUGUCAUUUGGACUCUGGGAAGCUCAUUACCUUCAAGAGUUUAAUGUCUCAGGGACUGUAAUCAAGACCCUGGUCCACACUCCUAUCAAUUCCACCUGGACCAUUUCACCCAAAUUUCAGUAUGCAGUGAAUCUCUUGGUAUGGGCUAUUUUGAUGAAGCCUGUAGUACUGGUUUUCACUGCAAUGGCCAUUAAGAUCAGCUGCAUGAAACACCCCCUUGUGGAGAUGGAGAUAUAUUGCUACCAGGUCUCUACCUUAAUUUUGUCUGUGAGCAGCCUCUUCACAUUUGCUUCCGUGAGUUGCAACUACCUUGUAGAUCAUUAUGGCCAAACCACUCUUGACUUUCUACCUGACUUUCCGGUUAAAAAAGAUGCCUUGAUAAGCAAGCAUUAUACUGCUGUGUUCCCCUUAGGUAUCAUUACAACCACCAUGUCACUCUUUGGUGUGAUUAGCUUUCUAUCUGAGAUAAGUUCUUUGAAACUACAGAGUCAGGUGAAGGCCAUGUGUGAUUCCAAAUUAUCCAAAGAAGAGGUCUAAAUGAGGAUUCUGGCAUUUGGAACAUCUAUCAGAAGGCACCUAGAAGAGAUUUCAUAUUCACACAGGAAACUGUAGUCAUCAACUUGUUCUAAA